CUACCACUCAGAAACAUGGCGGUCAAGACACUUCUUUCCGUCUCGCUUGUCUUCUGGCUGCUGUUAUUCUGUUCCGACUGUGGUCUGCAAGGCGUGAAAGCCUCCCCGUCGAGCGAAGCGUUUGAAGCCCGACUGCAUGCCCUGAAAAGUCUUCAUCCAAAGAUCUCAGUCAUCAAUGAAACACGUGAGAACCAUAAAGAAGAUCCACGGGGACUAGAAAUCGCUGAACUGCUGUAUCAAGGAGUAACGUUUACAUAUGGUAUCCCAACUAACAACACCCUAAUUGUUAUUUACCUUGAUGGUUGGGUAAUAGAAGCAAUACAAGGCGAGAUAACCUGGCUCGAAGGGGAUGGUAAAUACUUGUUGGAAGGUGGACCAGGUACUAACUACUGGAUUCUAACAUUCGUGACCUUCGAAUGGGUGUACGGUUACACCUAUGAUUUCGUCGUCGUAGUUUCCCGUCUGACACGCGAUAAUAUGGCGGCCGGCGAGGCGGAACGGAUCCCAGUGGAGCAGACCUUCAGGUUCGAUGACAGAGAGCUCAGAGUUAAGGCACCACCAGAAGUCAGACAGGAGAUUAGUUACAAUAAAAUGUAACAUCAUGAAACGCACUGCGAAAUGAAUUCGAGUAUUUGUGGUCUGUGCUUACACGCAGAAUUAUUUCUGUAUUUCAACUUCUUUCAAUUAACAACGA